CUGCCAGAGUUUACGCUUUUUCAUUGUCUCCUCCCUUAUCUCUCGAGCUGAUCCACUGAUCUACUUCCCCAUUAGAUACUGUAACGUUAUCAAUAGCUAGCCACCACCAUCAAAUAGCUAGAUAUGGACGAUUUUGACAUGCUCAGCGCACCACAGGCUGCGGCCGGCAAUGGGACGGACGAAGACCCCGCUGCCGCAUUCUUGGCCCAGCAAGAAAGCGAGAUCGCGGGGAUUGAGAACGACGAAGGAUUCAGCAUCCUGGACAGCGGAGAGGUUCCAACGUCGCUAGACAAUAAUCUGACAGGCGACGCAAACGAUGCAGUGGAUGGUGCUGUCAAUGGAGACUUUAAUGAGGAGAGCAACGGCCCGUCUGAUGCAUACUCUGCCAUCUCCAGUGCCGACCGGCUGCAGGCUGAGCCAGAGAGCCUGCGUAAAUGGAGGGAGGAGCAGAGGGAGAGGCUGGAGGUCCUAGACGCUAACUCUCGUAAGCAGGAGUCUGAGUGGAAGGACAAGGCCAAGGUAGAGCUGGAGGAGUGGCACACUAGACAGGAUGAGCAGCUGGAGAAGACUAAAGUGAAUAACAGGGUUCUGGAUGAGGAUUUCUACAAACAACCCUUCUCUGACCUGAUUGGUUAUGUCACACACAUUAACCAUCCUUGCUACCGCCUAGACCAAGCGGCCGAGGAGGCCAUGCUGUCGGACAUGGACGAGAACAACCCGGGCACCGAGUGGGAGCGCGUGGCGCGCCUCUGUGACUUCAACCCCAAGUCCAGCAAGCAAGCCAAAGAUGUGUCCCGCAUGCGCUCUGUCCUCAUCUCCCUCAAGCAGGCCCCUCUGGUCCGCUAACCCCCCCCCCCCCCCYCYCUCYCUGAUGUCUCAAUUCAGUCCCUACCACUCCCCUUCGCACUAACCAUUCAUUCAGUGUUUGCAGAUCUGAAGGCUCUGGAUACGUAAAAGCAGUGUAGUGGUGGAGCUUCCACAAUCCACCAUGUCGCUUUCACCUUACAGAUCUGUUAACGUUGAGGGGAAAGGGGGUGAAUUGAGGGGAAAGGGGGUGAUUGAUGAUAUCAUUCCUCUCUUCCAUUGCCCUUUCCAUCAUUAAAAAACAAAAUAAGUAUAUAAGCAUUUAUUUUUUGUUUCUAUUCUUUUAAGGACCAAACUCUGUUUUUAUUAAGUGUGUUGAAAACCCAUUUAGAGCCGGCUUGUGGCAUUUAUUGUUACUAUUUCAAUCUAUGCAUUUUUCCCAUUUGAACCCCGAAUCAAGUACGGUAAAAAUCUAUUUGUGUGUGUAAACAUCAAGGUUGGGGUCAAUUCCAUUUAAAUUAGUCAAUUCAGAAAGUACACAAUUCCAAAUCAAAUAUUUGCUCAUUGAAAUGAAUUGGAAUUUCAGUGUACUUCCUGAAUUGAAACGGAAUUACCCCCAACCCUGGUAAACAUCAUGUGGUGUAUCAUGUACUCUAUAUGCGUGUACCUAUGUACAUAUACAGGCAAUAUAUACAUUGUUAAUGUCAGAGUACAAUUGUGGUUUAAAGGUUUACUGUAGCCCAAGUGUUGCUUAAUGUGUUCAUUGUCCAUCAAUUUCAAUAUCAGUAAAACAUGAAUUAAACUUUUGUUGUCAA